UUUACAUUAAUCAAACAAAGGAAGGAAAGAAAGGGAUGAGAGGUGGAGGUGUAGGAGGGCCGCUCCUUUGCAUCGGUGAUCUGCUAAACGACGUCGGAGAAGAAGACCCUAUUAACAGCCCCCGUCCCAGUCCCGUGGAAGAAGCUGCUGACUCAACGAAUCCUCAAAUUCAUCCUUCCGAUCUCACCAAACUAUACCAGGAAAGUUACAAACGCUUAAAUGAUGCACUUGCUGGUACAUCUCAUUCAUGGACCGCUCAUACACUUGAGCUAUGUUCGGCUCUAGAGACCGCUAACAAAUUGAUUCAGUCGAGCAGCUCUCAUGUUAUUGAGGUGUCUAAGAAGAUCAAGGAGCUUGAGGCGAUCACCAACAAGGGCAAUUUGGUCAUUAAAGAAGUUGAAUUCGUUCAUACUUCUACAAGCUAACAUGCAUUCAUUCUGUGUGGUGAUUACUUGAAAGAAGAAUAAUCAUAAACUUAGGGGUCAAAAUGAAGUUUUAAAACUGUGAGGUUACAUAUCAAACGUUUUACAAAUGAGCAAGUGCUCAUGCGCGAGUGAUAUGAGGUUUAAAAGGAGUGUGAUCUAUAUUUAAGUUUUUUUUUUUAAUUCUUGAGAUUAUUCUGAGAGAGUGCAAGUAUUUGCUUACUGGGCGAUGUUUGCUUUUCUAAAAAAGAUCUGAGCAGGCUAUUCUGGCUGCGACGCGCAGACCAUGCGCAGACAUUGCCAUAUGUAGACUGUUUGUUUUUCCAAAGACGUUCCAUUAAAAAACGUCUGCGCGAGUUCUUCUUGACGCAGACUUGGCUCAGCCACUUUUAAAA